AUGGAGUUGUGCCCAAAAUCAAGAUAUUACCAGAUUAUUGCAAUUGUCUCAAGCAUUUUGAUAUUGAAAUUACUAAGUUUACGGGUAGAAGGAAGAAGCCAACUGGAGUCCAUUUCCUAUCCUUCCAUAAACUGUCGCAAACACACUGCAUUAUUGACUGAUUUUGGAGGUGUUGGCGAUGGAGAAACUUCCAAUACCAAGGCGUUUAAUUCAGCCAUUGCCAAUCUAAGCCAGUUCGCAUCAGACGGCGGAGCUCAACUUAUUGUUCCUCCCGGAAAAUGGCUAACCGGCAGUUUUAAUCUCACUAGUCAUUUCACUCUUUAUAUCCAUAAGGAUGCUGUUCUUCUUGCUUCUCAGGAUGAAAAAGAAUGGCCUCAGCUUGCGGUGUUACCAUCUUAUGGAAGAGGACGAGAUGGACCUGGUGGAAGAUUCAGUAGCCUUAUUUUUGGGACAAAUUUAACUGAUGUUGUUGUCACAGGUGGAAAUGGCACCAUAGAUGGUCAAGGUGCACCUUGGUGGAUGAAAUACCGCAGCAAGCAAUUGAAUAUCACUCGGCCCUAUCUUAUUGAGAUCAUGUACUCUGAUAAAGUCCAGAUUUCCAACUUAACUUUAAUCAAUUCUCCAUCAUGGAACGUUCAUCCCAUAUACUGCAGAAAUGUACUGGUUCAAGGCCUCACUAUUCUCGCCCCAAUCGAUUCUCCUAAUACAGAUGGGAUAAACCCAGAUUCAUGUGCAAACACCAUAAUUGAAGACUGUUACAUAGUCUCAGGCGACGACUGCAUUGCAGUGAAAAGUGGCUGGGAUCAAUAUGGAACCAAAUUUGGAAUGCCCACAAAGCAUUUACUCAUCAGAAGGCUAACUUGCAUUUCACCAGACAGCGCCACCAUAGCUCUCGGCAGUGAGAUAUCCGGAGGAAUCAAAGACGUACGAGCUGAAGAUAUCACCGCCAUCGACACUCAAUCUGGUGUAAGAAUUAAAACUGCCAUUGGAAGAGGAGGAUAUGUGAAAGAUAUAUACGUAAGGAGGAUGACAAUGAAGACGAUGAAGUAUGUUUUCUGGAUGACGGGUUCUUAUGGAUCUCAUCCUGACCCGGGCUUUGACCCGAAAGCACUGCCGGAAAUUACAGGGAUUAAUUACAGAGACAUGAUGGCUGAAAAUGUCACUUAUGCAGCGAGGCUUGAUGGAAUUGAAAAUGACCCAUUUACCGGAAUUUGCAUUUCUAAUGUGACGAUUGGAUUGACGGAAAACCCACAUAAACUUCAUUGGAAUUGUACGAAUGUUCAAGGAGUUACCAGCCGUGUGACUCCUCCGGCCUGUGAUUUGUUGCCGGCGAAAAAGGAUAACAGUGAUUGUUUCUACCCCAAGGAUAAGCUUCCCAUAGAGAAUGUUAAGUUGAAGACUUGUUUCUUGAAGUAGUUCUAAAGAGUGUAUUGUUAUUGAUAC